AUGGCGUGUACUAUUGGGUUAGGGAAGUGCUACACUGUUGAUAUUAUACUCGGUAUCCUAUUGAUAGUACUACCAAUAAGAUGUCAGUACCAACCUCUCCACCCGGGUAGUUUCUUUCGUGCAGUCUCCAGGACCACCGUCAAGUGUGCAUCAAUCAGGACAUCCGCCUUGGCGAUUCACUUCACCACAGAAAAGAACCCAUUUCAAGGACCUGGAGCUCAGAACUUUCAAAAUUACCCUCAAAAUUACAACAGUCGAUCGUCUGUUGAAUUCAUAGAAACAGAAAGUAGAAAUAGGCCAAGUGAUGGAAGACUACUAUCACAAUCGGCUUUUACUAGAAUAUCCGAGACUCUAGGCGCGAUCAACACAGUCGGGCACUACCUUAUUGACAUGGUAAAUGAAAAUGAGAGAAACGAAUCAGAUCCCAACCUAAAACAACUUCCGCAAGCUCUCUAUACAAUAAGUAAGAACGUCCUUGGAAGAAACGUAACAGAUAAAAUAGCGCCUAUAGUUAAAAAAGCAUUACCUAAAGUCUUACCAGAUGCACCAAUUACAAGGAUAGCCACAGCUGAUUUCAGUCAAAGUGAUGCCAAAUCAUGUACUACGCCUGAAGGAGAGCAGGGUGUUUGUGAAGAUUUAAGAAAUUGUCCUCAAUUGCUCCUCAAUCUCGUGAGUCUUCGAGAGUCCUUAUGUUUUAAAGAUUUGUUUGUUCCUGGGGUAUGUUGUCCUCGAGACGCUGUGGUUCUUGCGACACCGGUCGUAGAAAAACCAGUGAAAACUACCACUAGCAGUCCUACUUAUUUAAUUCCUGUAACAUCACAACGACCUGUUCAAAGACCUACUACGAAAAAGCCCACAGCAAUUCUCGUGCUAACCACAAAGAAACCUAAAACCACUACCUCUACCACUAGUAAGCCCACCACUAUUGCUACAGCUACAACGACACGAGUACCAUCAACAACUAGCUUCUAUACUGUAGCUCCGCCAUUUAUCGGCAACUUCUCCAACAUUGUCGAUGUAAAUGAUUGCGGACAGAGAGAAGAAGAGGGUGGACGUAUAGUUGGUGGCACAGAAGCAAAACCUGGUGCUUGGCCGUGGAUGGCCGCCAUAUAUUUACAUGGAAAUAAUCGACGCGAGUUCUGGUGCGGAGGAACACUUAUUGGAAAACGCCAUGUGCUAACCGCAGCUCAUUGCACGAGGGACUCUAAGCAAAGACCUUUCCCCGCCCGUCAGUUCAGCGUACGUCUCGGAGACGUGGACCUUGCGCGGGACGACGAGCCCUCCCGACCGGUGACUCUCCGCGUGACGGCAGUGCGCGCGCAUGAACAGUUCUCCCGGGUUGGAUAUUACAACGACAUCGCUAUACUUGUGCUCUCUGAAAACGUCCAAAAAUCAAAAUACGUGAUACCAAUCUGCUUACCGCGGGGUGAAUUGUCCCGAAAACAAUUCGACGGCUCAGUGGCCACCGUAGUGGGCUGGGGGACGACGAGGUACGGUGGUGGCGAGAGCUCCCGGCAGCUAGAAGCGAAACUACCUGUUUGGAGGAACGAGGAAUGUGAUCGAGCAUACUUCCAACCGAUCACAGAUACAUUUUUAUGCGCAGGAUACCCUAGAGGCGGAGUUGAUGCUUGCCAGGGAGACUCGGGUGGUCCACUGAUGUUGCUCGCCAAUGGUCGCUGGACUCAAAUAGGUGUUGUUUCUUUCGGCAACAAAUGCGGGGAACCUGGAUAUCCUGGCGUUUACACUCGAGUAACACAUUAUCUAUCCUGGAUUCAACAAAAUGUCACA